AUGGCGCUGCGAUACUCAGCAGACUUCCUGCUGUUCCUGCGCCAGUCGCCGCUAUGCGUCAAGCCGCCAAACCUUCCUCCUCCGGAGGAGUGGAUGGGGCCACCACCCGAGACAAUCCGCAACCAGCAGAAAUCAGCGAAUGACCGUCUGAAAAGCGGGGAAAAUGCUUCUUCGCUGAACCACGAGAAUCGCCGCCCUCCUCAUGACCGGAACGGUUCUCGGAACACAUCCAACCCAGACGAUAUCAUCCUUGGCCCUCCCCGGACUAGUUUUGCAUCAGCUACGUCUGCCCGCAACAGCCGAUCUGGCGAUGGCGAGAAGGGAUUUAGGGAUUCAGAUCGACAGGAUCGCGGUGACCGCUUCAACUUCCGCAGUCGCAACAACGACUCAGAAAACACCAACGAUCGGUUCAGCAGGGAAGGAAGGGACAAUCGGACCAAUAAUGGUUUUCGAAGGCGAGGCGACCAGGAUGAUGGCGAAGGUUGGAGCACUGUGAAGCCACGCAAGAGCUUCGGCCACGAAGGCGCCGAAGGCUUCCAUGGACGUAUGAGCGGCGGUGGUGCUGGCAGCACUGGCGCCGACCGUUUUGAAGUACGCGAGGAUCGGAGAACAAGGGACCGUGACCAGGACGGUAGCGACCGCCGCAACCGCAACUACGAAAACCGUUCGCGCGACCAAGACGGCGAUGAGGUUGACGGCGCGCGUAGAAAUGGCCCUGGACGGAGCAGAACCGAGGGGUCAUGGAGGGAUUCUGCCAAUCGCAACAACUCGAGCAGCACUAACAAUGCUCCCAUGUCCAAUCGGGAGCGCAUUGAGAAGGCUAAGAGCUGGCGUGAUAGAGAUCCGGAUGAUAGGCCGCACGACCGGUAUGGCGAUCGCAGCGAGCGGAACUACGAACGCAGGUGGGAUCGCGACCGCCAGAACCGUGUCGAGAACGAACCUGAAUGGCUAGACGAACCCGCCGAGGGGAAGCCCAGUCACGCCCCGACCGAAGAGGACUUUAAAAAGUUCAUGGAAGCCAUGAAGGCUAAAGCAGGCGGCCCGACGAGGUCGGAGGAGAAACCCAACGUCACGUCAGACAAGCCUGCUGCCGAUACGGCUGCCGAGCCCGAGCAGAAAGUUGCCGCCGCACCCCCGGUCGACACUGGCCCAGACAAAUUCUUUGCUACCUAUGGCAACGUUACCCUCGAUGUUGUUGCUGGUGGUGCUGGAGAGAGUAAGGAUUCGGCGAAACCCAAGACGGCCAAGUCAUCGCGGUUCAUGGCCUUCCUGGCACCUCAAGAGGACCGCACCAAGCCCGAGCUUCCAACUCCGGCCGCGGGUGGUGAGAAGUCAUCACAACAGAGCGAUGCUGAGAGAGAGGCUUUCGCUGCCCUCAUCCAGAAACUACAGAGGUCAGGGUUGAGCUCAGGGAUCCAGCCAAGUUCGAGCGUUCAACAGAGCGCACCGCCUCAGACUCAACCAAGCAUCAACAACUACCCUGAGCCGCCUCCAUUCCCGGAGAUGCAACGGGGCAUUGUCGCUUCCCCUGACUCCUAUCCUCAGUAUGCCAACAACGAAAGACAUGAUGAUCCACGCGUUCGUACGUCUCAACACUCGAUCCACGAUAUCAUCUCGCCACGACCAAUGGGGCCGACCGUUCACCCCCCUCCACCGGUGACACGCCCUGAGCAAGCCUUGCAGGAGUUACUUGCGCAGCGACAUCAGCUCCCAGCCCAGACGAACAUUCGUGCGGCGCAGAAUGCUACGGCUGUUAACAGCAAUACCGAGUAUCUCAUGCGUCUCAUGCAAAGCCAUCGCGACACCUCAGAGCCGCCGCGUACAGAGCAGCCAUUUGUUAGAAUGCCCCAGCCCACCAAACAAGUGUCGCUGGCCAACCUUCCAGAUCGGGAUCCUGACUACCAGCGCGAGCACACCGCUUCCCAACGCCAGCCACUCCCCCGUCAGGGCGGCCCUCCAGGCUUCUUGGAUGAGAGCCAGUUCCGUCAGAACGACGUCGAUGGCCGCUCGGGUCCGCAGCCGACCCAGAUCCUUCAACGCCCCCCUCCUCCCCCAGGCCUGGACCAAAUGCACAUGUUCCAUCAUAUGGGCGGCGUCAACCCUGGCAUCGGCCCUGCUCCGCAGGGAGGGUCCAUGCCAGGCCCUCAACGCCCCAUGAUCCCUCCCCCGGGCCUCAUGAACAACGGGCCUCGCAACGUCCCCAUGCCGGGUAUGUAUCCGCCCAACUUCCCGCCUCCUCACCAUGGCCCAGGCAACUUCCCUCCUGGCCCUCCUCCUCUUCCUCAUGCAGGCGGCCCACCUCCUCCGCCAGAAGGUUUGGUAGGUCCCGGCCCUCCUCCCCCCGGCCCUCCGCGCUCCAUGCAGCCGCCUCCAGGCUUCUUCGGUGGUCCGCCCCCGCCGGGCUUUAUGCCCCCUCCCAACAUGGGUGCUGGCGCGGGUGGUUUCCAAGGCCCGCCGGGCCCGGGCCCGGAUGGUCAUCCGCCGCCGCCCCCUCCUAAUGCUGGUGGCCCUCCUGGCCCGGGUGGUUUGCCUGGGUUCGGUGGAAUGCCUGGUCCUUAUGAUCGCAUGGGUGCUGCUGCUGCUGUGGCGGCGGCCGCCGCGAUGGAUCGGAGGGGAAUGUUGCCUCCUCCGGGGGCUAUGGGGGGUUACCGGCCUUAG